AGGUUAGCAAUCACCAAUGAGGGUUUUAUGCUUUAGCAAUCAUUGUGUUUAUCCUUUGUAGUAAACAUGACAGUCUUUAUACCUUGGUUCUGCUCUUUAGUGGCCAUUCCAGCAAAUAAAUCUGUGCCUUGCAGCUAGCUCUCUCAGAAAUAUAAUGGAAUUUAAUCAGAAGGAUUAAAUGUGGUUAACAGGUGAAGUAUGUACAGAUACCAAUUGCAACCAACACGGGCAUGCGCAAGGAACACGUGGUCAGGCAGUCGGUGAAAGAACAAGAAAACAACUUCUCUUCUGGGUCUAUCCUAUAAUUCUCAAGAUUUCCCUUGCUGAUCUAUCCUGUAAUUCUCUAUACGAAGAUGACCACUACCUCCUCGAGCACAUCCUCAACUGGAACACCGCCGAUCAGUUCCACCAACCCUACAACAACUCCGACAACUCUCAACACCAUGAUUGCCAAUUCUGUCCAGGCAGCCCUCGGUGCGGUGUUACCAACGAUCAUCACCGCAAUGGACCAGCGGAUUCUGGCAGCAGUCCAACAACACCGCUACACAGCCGGAACGGCAGGCAUGUGAGUGUGGCUCUGCAAGUGACGGAGAAGCUGCUGUCAGCCUGUGAUUCACGAAAGCUCCAGUUGAUUGUGGAUAGCUACCUGGAUAUACUGCAUAAUAUGCUGGAAACUAGCAACACAAAACUGGCCACCAAUUCGUUUGUGAAGUUUGCCGAGCGAGAGGAAGGGAACACCCCCUACCACAGACAGUACAACUUCCUCAUCCACCGCUUUGCCUCUCUUAGCCUCACCAAGAAUGUGGACGACGCCGAUAAAUAUCACGAGUAUGUGUACAUGAAAUGAGUUUGAGUGGCCACA